ACUUUCUCUCUAUUGGAGCCCAGAUUCCAACCAUUUAUUACUUCUCCAAUCAAAACUCAUCCGACCACAUCCUAGUUCACCCUCCCCCACAACAUUCGGAGCAACAGAGAGAGAUGGCACGGGUGAGCUUGGUAUCGUUGAUUCUCCUAUUGCUCUACUGUGCCGCCGCCGCAGCCGCAGCAUCAACCUUCGAGGACUCCAACCCCAUCAGAUUGGCAUCGGACGGCCUCCGUGACAUUGAGGCCCAGGUGAUCCAGGUCAUCGGCCACACCCACCACGCACUCUCCUUCGCCCGAUUCGCCCACCGGUAUGGGAAGAGGUACGAGACCAUGGAGGAGAUGAAGCUCAGGUUCGGGAUUUUCUCGGAGAAUCUGAAGCUCAUCAAAUCGACCAACCGGAAGGGAUUAUCUUACAAACUUGCCGUUAAUCACUUUGCUGAUUGGACUUGGGAAGAGUUCCAAAGCCAGAGGUUGGGAGCUGCUCAAAACUGCUCUGCCACUUUGAAGGGCAACCACAAGCUCACCGAUUCUGUUCUUCCAGAAGCGAAAGACUGGAGGGAAGUAGGCAUAGUCAGCCCGGUUAAAGAUCAAGGCCACUGUGGAUCUUGCUGGACAUUCAGCACCACUGGAGCUCUUGAGGCAGCCUACUCUCAGGCAUUUGGGAAGGGAAUCUCUCUAUCAGAGCAGCAGCUUGUGGACUGCGCCGGAGCUUUCAAUAACUUUGGCUGCAGCGGUGGGUUGCCAUCCCAAGCCUUUGAGUACAUUAAAUACAAUGGUGGCCUGGACACCGAGGCGGCAUAUCCAUACACUGGAAAAGAUGGCUCAUGCAAAUUUUCAGCGGAAAAUGUUGGUGUCGAAGUCAUCGACUCUGUUAACAUUACCUUGGGUGCUGAAGAUGAGCUAAAGCAUGCAGUUGCAUUUGUUAGGCCAGUGAGUGUGGCAUUUCAGGUUGUCAGUGACUUCCGAUUAUACGCGGAAGGAGUUUACACCAGUGAUACGUGUGGCACCACUCCCAUGGAUGUGAACCAUGCUGUUCUAGCAGUUGGGUAUGGAGUUGAAAAUGGAGUCCCAUACUGGCUUAUUAAGAACUCGUGGGGAAAAAGCUGGGGUGAUAAUGGCUUCUUUAAGAUGGAGAUGGGGAAGAACAUGUGUGGUGUUGCAACCUGUGCUUCAUACCCUGUUGUCGCAUAGUGAGUCUCAAGCGACAUGCUAGGCUCUCUUCUUGGAUUAUGUGGUAUAUCUUCUUCAGAUCUGCCAUGUUGCACUUAUCCAAAACUAAGAUGAAGCGCCAUGGUGUGAUAAUGGUAAUGUUGUAGGGUUAUUGUACAAAAUAAGAUCCAAAUUAUUGGUGGUGACUCUAGUGUACGCAACUUGGCCAGGUGUAUAUUCUUUAUGAAUGUGAUAUGUGAAGUCUUAAUGAGACUUUCUAUUAUCAAAACAAAAAUCCUAUGCUAUGAACUGCACAUUUUAUGACCUUA